CCCAGUGUUUCUUGUUUGCUGUAUGAGCACAAAGUGCACCUGUAGAAAUUGAUAGGAGUGUAAUUGGAGAUGAUUUGCCACAGGCAACAGAUGCAGUGAAGCCAACACAGUUGAGUAGUCCUCUCACAGACAAACUAGGUGCUUUAGAAAUUUUACUUGACAAUCAUUUAUCACUUCAGUCUUGUAGAUUAUGUAAAGUCCUAUUUAAAUGAUGAGAACUUUUCAAUAAGGAGUGUUAUCAGAGAAAUAUUUCUGCAUGAAGCGGAGAACAUAUCCACCUGAAGAUGACAUCUACAAUAUUUUUUCCGUAUGCACUCUUUUUUGGGAUUGGGCUGCAAUGUGUUCAAAUGAGACUAUACACAAACCGGUGGGCAGUCAAAAUAACUGGAGGCCCUGAAGCUGCUGACCUUAUUGCAGAAAAAUAUGGAUUUGUGAAUAUGGGCCAGAUAGGUGGGCUAGUGGACCAUUACCAGUUCCAGCACAGUGGAAUCAUCAAACGAUCCACUAUUAAAAGCAAAGGGAAUCACAGUCUCAUCACCAUGGAGACCAAGGUGGAGUGGAUCCAGCAGCAGAUGGUUCAGAAGAGAGUCAAAAGAACUGAAACAAUGGACCAAACCCAUGAUGGGAGUUUCAAUGACCCCAAAUGGGACAGCAUGUGGUAUAUUCACUGUGAUCACAACUGCUUAACCGACAUGAACAUUCAGGCCGCCUGGCGCAGGGGCUACACUGGGAAAGGAGUUGUGGUCUCCAUUCUGGAUGAUGGGAUAGAGAGACAACAUCCAGACCUAAAACAGAACUAUGAUGCACGUGCCAGCUACGACGUCAAUGGGAAUGAUCCCGAUCCAACACCACGUUAUGAUGUCACCAAUGAAAACAAACAUGGAACAAGAUGUGCUGGUGUGGUGGCUGCCUCUGCAAACAAUUCCCUUUGCAUUGUUGGAAUUGCUUACAAUGCGAAAAUUGGUGGUGUGCGUAUGCUAGAUGGUGAUAUGACUGAUAUGGUAGAAGCCCAAUCUCUAAAUUUGAGACAGCAGUAUAUUGACAUCUACAGCUCCAGCUGGGGUCCGGAUGAUGAUGGCAGAACAGUUGAUGGCCCUGGCCCUCUUGCUCGACUUGCUCUAGAGAAUGGCAUACGCAAAGGCAGAAAGGGUCGUGGCUCUAUCUUUGUGUGGGCUUCAGGAAAUGGUGGUCAGAGUCAAGACCAUUGCUCAUGUGAUGGUUACACCAACAGCAUUUACACCAUCUCAGUAGGCAGCACAACUCAGAGUGGCAGAAAGCCAUGGUACCUGGAAGAGUGCUCUUCUACCCUGGCCACCACCUACAGCAGCGGAGACAGCCACAGUCCGGGUGUUGUGACGACAGAUUUGAGACAACGCUGCACUGAUGAACACUCUGGCACCUCAGCAUCAGCUCCUAUGGCUGCAGGAAUCAUUGCACUCACACUGGAAGCAAAUCCAGCUCUGACCUGGAGGGACAUUCAGCACAUCAUAGUUAAAACUUCAAGCCGUGGUCACCUCAGUGCUUCUGAUUGGCAGAGCAAUGGAGCUGGAUAUGAUGUUAGUCACCUUUAUGGGUUUGGGUUGCUGAAUGCUGAGGCCAUGGUGAAGAAUGCAGAGACCUGGAAACAAGUGCCUUCUCAACACAUAUGCGAGGAAAACAUAGGCCAAAAUGCCAGGAUCAUCAGUCCGGAGCGAGUGCUAAGGUCAGUGUUGAAAUCCUCAGGCUGCUCUGCUCAGCGUCUGCAGCGGGUGGUUUAUCUGGAGCAUGUCAUUGUACGUGUCACAAUCACACAUCCUCACCGUGGAGACCUGUCAAUCACAUUGACAUCACCUUCUGGAACUACAUCUCAGCUUCUAGCAAACAGACCAAAUGAUCACUCCAGUGAAGGUUUCAUUAAGUGGGAAUUUAUGACGACUCACUGCUGGGGUGAAAGACUGGCAGGAGACUGGAUCCUGGACAUUAGAGACACCCCAUCUCCACAGAGAAACAACCGACUCCAAGGGAAACUGGUAGAAUGGUCCCUAGUGCUUUAUGGAACAUCCACACAUCCAUACAUACGACAUGAACAGCCCCGUUCUGCCCAGCUGCCAUCCGAGGAUGAAAUCACAGAGGAGUACAAUGGUUCUUGUGACCCAGAAUGUAGUGAGGAUGGUUGUGAAGGACCUGGACCUCACCAGUGUGUUUCCUGCUUGAACCUUUUCCUAAAGUUCAAAAAUAACACACGGACCUGUGUGUCUGAGUGUCCAAGUGGAUACUGGGGGGAUAAGAAAAGAUGUAAGAAGUGUUACUCCUCCUGUAAGUCAUGUUUGGGAAGCCGCAGUGAUCAGUGCACAGCCUGUAAGUCUGGAUACCAUCUGAAUGAGGAAAAAAACAACUGUGUGACCAGCUGUGAGGAUGGCUACUUUCUUUACCAUGAGGAAAACCUGUGUAGGAAGUGUAAUAUUGAGAACUGUAUGAAAUGCACCUCAGCCUCCAUUUGCACUGAGUGCUCUGAGGGCACAAGCCUGGUGGGCAACAGAUGUCAGAAGAGUUGUGAGGUGGGGAGUUACUACUCUGAGCCGGAGGACUCAUGUGAGGCCUGCCACCCAGCCUGUGCUACAUGUGCUGCUGCAGGUCUGGAGUCAUGUAAUCGUUGUGCUGAAGGCUACCUGAUGGAGAACUGGAGAUGUGUGUCCUCUUGCAGUCAAGGUUUCUACGCAGAACAACAGAACUCGGACAAUCAGAGCACCUGUAAAAGGUGUGAUGCAAGCUGUCUGGCUUGUGUCGGGCCAACUAAAACAAACUGCAGUGAGUGUGUAGACGGACAUUCACUUCAGGAUGGUGUCUGUGUUCUCAGCCACAACUGUGGCGAUGGGGAAUAUCAGGAUGAGAGUGGAGAGUGUCAGUCAUGUCAUGUGUCCUGUCAGAAAUGUAAAGGUCCACAGAGUGAGGACUGCCUCAGCUGCUUCAUUACACAUUUGCUGGAUUAUGGUCAGUGUGUCGUCAGCUGCUCAAAUGGGAAGUACCCUUCAGGUGGACAAUGUCACCUUUGUGAUCACACCUGUGCCCAGUGUGUUGAUGCUGGUCCUUCUAACUGUACCAGCUGUGAUACAGAUAAGUUUGGAGUGGACCGGUAUCUGUACCAUGGCGAAUGUGUGGAUGCAUGUCCUAAAGCUCAUUUCCACACAGUGCUGAAGGCAUGUGAGCCGUGUCCUUCAUACUGCAAACUUUGCUCAUCAGCCACACACUGCAUCAAGUGUGAGGACUCUUUCUAUGUCAACAAUGGAGUCUGUAAUAAACUGGAGUGUGGUGAAGGAGAGGUGGAAGACCCAGAAUAUGAUGACUGCAUGCCAUGUGAAGAGGGAUGUCAUAAGUGUGUUCUCUAUAAUCCAAAACACUGUCUAUCCUGCAUUAAUGGAUAUUACAGGUUUGAGGAAAGCUGCUACAAAAAUUGUCCCUCUAAGACAUACCCAGUGGAGGAGACCAUGAGCUGUGUGUCCUGUGAACAUGACUGUGUCAACUGUGAUGAAGAUGAGUGCAGCUGGUGUGAAGCUGACUUCUUCAUAUCAAAUGGGAAAUGUGUUCGUGAAUGUCCAGAUGGGUUCUAUAAUGAUGACGAAUCUCAGGAGUGUGAGGAAUGCCACUCAGACUGCAAGACAUGCAGUGGCCCGGAGGACAGUGACUGUGAAAGCUGCAGCGAGGGACUGACGCUUGACAAUGGAGCUUGUGUAUCUGAACAGGAUGUUUGCCCUGCACAGAUGUAUCUCACAGAUGAUGGGGAGUGUGAGGCCUGUCACCCUUUAUGUGAAUCUUGCUGGGGGAAAAUGAAGAAUCAGUGCAACACAUGUGUCAAAGGUCGAUAUCUGAAUGCAGAUCAGUGUGUAGCAAGAUGCCCAGUUGGUAGCUUUGGCAGUAAGGAUAGUGGUCACUGUGAGACAUGCCCACAAGGUUGUGCCCAGUGCCAGGAUGAACAGCUUUGCACACGCUGCCAGUCAACACGCAAAAACCCUCUUUAUUUGCAGGCUGGCCAGUGUGUACGCAAGUGCACAAGAGGAUACCCUGUAGGUCAGGUGUGUAAGAGCUGUGCAUCUGCUUGUACGUCCUGUGAGAAGAAUGCAACACACUGUAUGAGCUGUGAAGGGACACUUCUGCUCUACAAACAUGAGUGUGUGUCGAGCUGUCCAUCUGCACACACAGUGAGCAACGGGGAGUGUGUGCAGUGCCAAGAAAACUGUGCUAUCUGCUCUGAGGAUGGCUGUACAGGGUGUAAAGAAGACUACUUCCUGCAUGUGGGUCAGUGCAUAGCCGUGUGUCCUGAUGGGUUUUUUGAAGACAUGAAUCAAGGCAUUUGUAAACGUUGCCAUGUGGAUUGUUCAUUAUGUGAUGGACCUGAAUCAAACAACUGUGAUGCCUGUUCAGACAGUGACAGCACACUGCACUACGGAGCAUGUCUAACUCCCUGCUCCUCACAUACAUACAGGGAAAGCAGAUCAGGAGAGUGCAUAGACUGUGAUAGUUCCUGUUUAACCUGCUCUGGUCCACACGACACGUCCUGCACCAGCUGCUCUGAGGGCCUGAAGAUGGAUGCCCAUGGACGCUGUGCCACACCCACCACAUGCCCCUCACAUCAUUACAGUAACCAGGAUGGAGAAUGCCAUUUAUGUCAUAAGUACUGUCACGAGUGCUCUGGCCCACAUCAGGACCAAUGUCUCAGCUGCAACCAGAAACAUUAUCUGCUUAAUGGCAGCUGUGUGAACAAUUGUCCAGAUGAAUACUUCAGUGGGGAGACACAGCGCUGUGAACCCUGUCAUCCAAACUGUCUGACCUGCAUGGGACGACACAGCCAUGAGUGCCUGAGCUGCAGAGAUCACCUUUAUAGAGACGUCAAAGAAUGUGUGGACACAUGCCGCUCUGGGUACUACGCUUCAGCUGUGUCUAGUACGUGCGAGCGGUGUGAUGAGAGCUGUGGAGAGUGUCUUCAGGCAGGGGCAGAGGGGUGUGUGAGCUGCAGACAGGGGAUGCUGUUUAUUAGAAAACAGGGACGCUGUGUGUCCUCCUGUCCCGAAUCAUACUAUCAUGACACACACCACAAAACAUGUGAAGCCUGCCACCCCAGCUGCAGGACAUGCAUAGGCAAGAGUGUUGAGGACUGUGACACAUGUUAUCCAGGUUUUACACUCACAGGGGGUGUUUGUGAGUCACCAUGCAUCACAGGAGAGUAUGCUAAGUCUGAGGAGCAGGACUAUAACUGUGAGUCAUGUGAUGAGUCCUGUUUGGAAUGUAAAGGUCCUGGUCCUCAUAACUGCACUAUUUGUCCAGCACAGUUCAUCCUGGCCUCAGAGGGGCGCUGUCUGCCCUGCUGCACCAACACAGAAUUGGAAGACGCAGCUACAGUUCAGCAAGAAUGCUGUAACUGUACAGAGAACAGAGGUGAAUGUGUCCUCAGCACUAAUUUUGCCUUUCGUAACCAUGAAGAAGAAGACUACACAGGAAACCUUCCACUAUUCAUCACCACCUCCAUCCUGCUGGUCUUUGUAUUGAUUGCUGUAAUCAUGCUCAUAAAGCGUUCCCUUUCAAAGCGGGCCUUGCCUGAUACCCCUGUCCCACGUGGGUAUGAAAAAUUGGGCCAUGAUGGUGGCCGAGACAGUUUCUAUAGAGGCACAUCAUCGGCCACCUCAGCUUACAGUGGUCAAGCUAGCUCUAGUUCUGGACAUUUCCGUGAGUCAAAGCUGGUGGACCUCGGUGAUCAGAAGGGCAGUAGAGAUGAUGACGAUGAAGAUGAUGAAGAUGAGGAUAUUGUCUACAUGGGGCAGGACGGCACUGUUUAUCGCAAGUUCAAAUAUGGGCAACUAGGAGAUGAACAGGAGGACGAGUUAGAAUAUGAUGAUGAGAGCUACAAUUACAGAUAACAUCUUCAGCCAUUUAAACACAAAAUGAUCCUGCAGGGUUACUGACAGUUAAGAAUGCACUUAAGAAUCCAAAAAAAAUAUUAUAUACAGUAAUUUAAAAAUAUCUGGAGUGUUCAGUAAUGUUCUGAAAUAAAUGUGAAUGGUAGCGAACUGUAUAUGAUGAUUAGAUAGAUAGAUAGAUAGAUAGAUAGAUAGAUAGAUAGAUAGAUAGAUAGAUAGAUAGAUAGAUAGAUAGAUAGAUAGAUAGAUAGAUAGAUAGAUAGAUAGAUAGAUAGAUAGAUGGUCUUAGCUGUACAUAUUUUGGACUUCUUUCAUUCAUUUUAUUUUAUGAAGACAGCUGAGCGUUGUUGUAUUUUGUCAUUGAUGUUCUGUUUACCUGUGUGAGUGAAUUUUUGGAAUGUGUGCAUUAUGUUAGCAAUCAUUUUAGGUAAUGUCAGUUAUUUAUCUCCAUAGUAAUAGAAGUACAGAUGAGCUAUCUUUGGCUUCCCAUAAUUGUGUUGUGAAAGUGUGUCAACUAUAAAUUAAUAAAAAAAUUAAAUAAAAGAUUAAUUUUAAAAAA